AAAACCUUAGCUAGGUGUGACCCAACCACUGCUACACUACUUGAAUUUAACACCACACCACACCACACCACACUUAGAAAGAAAAGAAAGCUAGCCUUAACUGGCUUUGCUAUCUCCUUCUCUCUCUUUCUCUUUUUCUUGAUUGUGAUGAUUCUUUACACUAUACUCUUCUUCUUCUUCUUCUUUUUCACCACGUGGUCUUUUUCUUUGUAACGCUUCAUCUUUGUGUUAUUUUUGGCUUGAUGGGUUGCUCUUGUUCUUCUCAAUUUGUGUAAAGUUUGACUCUUUUUGGGUAACUAUGGCUUCUUCUGUUCUUAGAUUCAGGAAGUUAUGUUUUGUUGAGCCAGUUUUGGGGUUUCAAUCUUCUUCUGGUGCUACAACAACAACAGCCCAAAAAGAUGAAAACGGUGUCGUUUUAAAUGAUGAUGAGAAGAAGAGGAGGAGUAAUAAUAACAACAAGAAGAAGAAGCAACCAAAGGAAUGGAGGUGUAUAGAUAAUUGUUGUUGGUUAAUUGGGUAUAUGUGUACCACUUGGUGGCUUCUGUUGUUUCUCUUCCAUUGUUUGCCACCUACAAUGACUGGUUUUCAGGUACCUGAAUCACCAGGGGAGAGGCUCAAAAGAGAGGGGUUGACACCUCUUCAUCCUGUUGUUUUGGUCCCUGGUAUUGUCACUGGUGGCCUUGAGCUUUGGGAAGGUAGACCUUGUUCCGAGGGACUUUUUAGGAAGAGACUUUGGGGUGGCAGUUUCACUGAAAUCUUCAAGAGGCCUUUGUGUUGGUUGGAGCACUUAUCUCUACACAACGAAACAGGGCUUGACCCGCCCGGGAUUCGAGUUCGAGCAGUUCCAGGACUUGUUGCAGCUGAUUAUUUUGCUCCUGGUUACUUUGUUUGGGCAGUUCUUAUUGAGAAUUUAGCCAAAAUUGGUUAUGAAGGAAAAAACAUGUACAUGGCUGCCUAUGAUUGGAGAUUAUCUUUCCAAAAUACAGAGAUUAGAGAUCAAGCUUUAAGUAGAUUGAAGAGUAAAAUUGAGCUCAUGUAUGUAACCAAUGGCUAUAAGAAAGUGGUAGUAGUUCCUCAUUCAAUGGGGGUCAUUUAUUUCCUUCAUUUCAUGAAAUGGGUUGAAUCACCUUCCCCUAUGGGAGGUGGUGGUGGCCCGAAUUGGUGUGCUAAGCACAUUAAAGCGGUCAUGAAUAUCGGUCCGGCUUUUCUUGGAGUUCCUAAGGCUGUAAGUAACAUCUUUUCUGCCGAGGGAAAAGAUGUUGCUUUUCUCAGGGCUAUUGCCCCGGGGCUUUUGGAUUCUGACAUGCUCGGUCUUCAAACGCUCGAGCAUCUCAUGCGAGUUUCUCGAACUUGGGAUUCCACCAUUUCCUUAUUGCCAAAAGGUGGAGAUACUAUUUGGGGUAAUUUAGAUUGGUCUCCUGAGGAAGGACUUAGUUGUGAUUUGGAUAAGAGAAAACUCUCUUCAAGUGACACUACUAAUUUCAAUCACAGUGAUGGAGAUAUCGGUUUUCGAAUCAAAGAUCCCAUUAAGUAUGGAAGAGUAAUCUCUUUCGGAAAGGCAGCUUCACAGAUUCCUUCUUCUCAUCUUCCUCCUCCUGAUUUGAAGUGGCAGGAACUUCUCGGAAUGCGAUCUUCUUCCGGGCUUAAUUUAUCGUGUAGCGGUGAGGUUUGGACGGAAUAUGAUGAAGUAAGCAGAGAAAACAUCAUAAAAGUAGCCGAAAACAAGGCCUAUACAGCUCAAAACACCUUUGAUUUACUGCGAUUUGUGGCCCCGAAAUUGAUGCAACGGGCCGAGGCUCACUUCUCUCAUGGAAUAGCUGAUAAUCUAGAUGAUCCUAAAUACUCACAUUACAAGUAUUGGUCAAAUCCACUUGAAACCAAGCUACCUAAUGCUCCUGAUAUGGAGAUAUACUCUCUCUAUGGUGUUGGAAUCCCUACAGAAAGAUCAUACAUAUACAAAAUGUCUCCUUCUAGCAAAUGCAAGAGUAUUCCAUUUCGAAUAGAUAGCUCGGUGAAUGGCCAAGGAGACAACAGUUGCCUAAAGAGCGGUGUAUACUUUGUGGAUGGCGAUGAGAGUGUCCCGGUUUUGAGUGCAGGCUUCAUGUGUGCAAAAGGGUGGCGAGGAAAGACGAGAUUUAACCCGUCGGGUAGUGCUACUUACCUAAGAGAGUACCGACACAAAGCUCCAUCGAGCCUGCUGCAGGGGAGGGGUUUGGAGAGCGGUGCACAUGUCGAUAUUAUGGGAAAUGUUGCUUUGAGUGAAGAUGUUUUGAGGGUUGCCGCUGGGGCGAGCGGCCGAGAUAUUGGAGGGGACCGGAUUUAUUCCGAUAUCAUGAAAAUGUCUGAGAGAAUAAAUCUUCAAUUGUGAUUAGAUCAUGAGAAUAAAAAAGGUAUAAGGCAUUUCAAUCUAGCUAAGCAAUUUUUUUGUUGGUUUUAAUUUGUAAUUUUCUAUAUAUGCAACAAAUUACCAAUGUGAUGUUAGAUUGGCUCAACUAAGAAUGAAUUUUAUAGCUUACUUUUUUGCAUUUGAAGAUUAA